UCGAGAGCGAACACGGAAGUAGACGCGGGAGUAUCUCGGCCGCUUGCACUCGAGUGCUGGCUUUUUCGACUGAAAUCAACACUCAAGCCGGAGCCUCCGUCCCAAGAAAUAAGAAUGACUUACGAGAUUUUCUCCGCUGCCUUUAAGGCGCACCUGGCCAUUACUAUCGAGCGUGAGACGAGAGCGACUUCACAGGCUGUGUUGCUUAGAAUAUCUGAUUUCAUGGACGGGGGAUUAGAAGCUCAACUUGAAAAACUUCGGGGGAAAUUUGCAAAAAGCGGGGCUGAGAUCGAACACCACCUCCGUCUCACCAUCGAGGAGGUGGUGCUGGCGGCGAUGGAGGCGAUCGUGACGGAGUUUACAGAUCACGUUGAGCAAAGGUUCAGCGCCUUCCAGUCAGAGGUGGCUGCGAAGAAGAAGAAGGAUGUUGAAGGCCUGAAUCUGCAGCCGAACGCCUGUCGGAGUAGCCCAAUCAGUGGGAGAACUAAUGGCGCAGCCAACACACCUCAAACGCAGCGCUUAGGGGCCACGGAAAGAGAGAGAGUAGAAGAUUCUUCUUGCUCUACUGAAGAUUCCCACGAUGAAAUGUUUGACAUGGACCAGGAACCGUGUGACCAGGAACAGCAGGGUAACCAUGUUGUCAAUAAGGUUCAUCAGCGGUGUGUCCAGACUGACAUAACAAGUUGUGAUUUAAGGGCAGAGCCAAAGGCAGAACCAAAGGCAGAACCGGAGACUAUUGAACUACAGUUUUUCCCAGAAAAUGAACAAGAAGCUGUCCAGGACACACAGAUACCCUCUGAUUCUGCAGAACUGAGUGCUGACGCUGAAAAAUUGAGCGGUGAGAAAAACACUCCUGGCAGACAACAGAAGGAACAAUCAAGUUCUACAUCAUUUCCACCUGUAACAAUAGCAGAUAAUAUUCAAGAUAGUGGAAUCUCUUUUUUGUCUUCAGGUGAUGUUACCUCUCCUCAUGGCAGAUCUAGCCACAUGAAGCAAGAGACCCUACCACAGGAUAAAAACAUUCAAAAAUCAAUAUCUCAGAUGAAUAUGUUAAAUUGUUUGCAAGGCAGAGUUCAGCCUCUUGUGAAACUCAGCAGAAUAGAUGCCGAUGAAAGCAUGAAGAACAUCCAAGGAAGCUGUUAUUCCCGUACAGACUAUGGGAAAAGAUUCAGAGAUAAAGAGAUUCAGCAGGUACACAGUAAAGAACACAAAACAAAGUCGUUGUAUGUUUGUUCCCUUUGUAAUAAGACAUUUGACUGGAAACAUCACCUUAAAAAUCACAUGAGGACUCACUCUGGAGAAAAACCAUUUUCUUGUGAUUUGUGUGGGAAAAUGUUUGCACAGGCUGCUAAUCUUUACCAUCAUUUAACAACUCAUACCACAGAAAGGCCACAUACGUGUACUGUGUGUGGGAAACAUUUCAAACAGAAGCAUUAUUUGGAGCAGCACAAGAAAUGUCACACUGGAGAAAAACGGUUUGCUUGUAGUGAUUGUGGGAAGAGAUUCACACAAAAAUAUUACCUUGUACAGCAUCAGAAAAUUCAUGCUGGAGAUGCACCACAUUGUGAUAUCUGUGGGAAGAAUUUUUCCAAUAUUAAAUACUUUGCACAACACCAGAGGAUUCACACUGGUGAACAGCCAUUUUUUUGUCAGGAAUGUGGGAAAGGUUUCUCAUUGAGGCAGUCUUUUCACAGACACCUGCAGUAUCAUUCUAAUAAGGUAUUUGUCUGUACAGAAUGUGGCAAAAGUUUCACCCACAAAGACAGUCUUCAAAAACAUCACCUAAUACACACUGGCGAGAAGCCAUUUUCUUGUAGUACAUGUGGGAAAUGUUUUGCUCAAAAAGUAAAUCUUCGAAAACACGAAAGAGUUCAUGCAAAAGAAGACUACAGUGGUGAUAUGGAUUGAAAUGCUCACAGUGAACCGAAUCAUCCAUCCAUUCAUUACCGAACCCGCUAUAACCCCAACUACAGGGUCACGGUGGGGGGGGUCUGCCAGAGCUAUCCCAGCCAACAUAGGACGCAAGGCAGGAAACAAAAUUCGGGCAGGGCGCCAGCCCACCGCAGUGAACCGAAUCAUACGUGUCCAAAAUUUGAUUAAAGAAUCAGACUUUUUAAGUCAAUAAAAUGUGGAGAAAUGUGAGAUUAUUCACUGUUAAAAAUAACCCUAAAACUACAUUAGACCUGCUUGCACUCUCGGGAUAUUUAUUGUGCCUCUUACAUGGGGGAAAAAGCUGAAAUGUAGGAUAUCCACAUUAUUGUAUCAUUAGACAACAAACAAAAAAAUGAAUCUUACAAAAAAUUUUGCACUAUGUCAUCCUACUAAUUUAGUUGUUACAUUUGUAGUAGUUGGCAAUGAAGCCUUUUUACUGAAUUGUUGUCUUCACCUUAAGUAACUACUAAUCCUUUUUAUUUGAUAGUUUGUCCACCCUUCCUUUUUUCAAUGUGGAAUUUAUCGUGGCAUAAUCCGGUGCAUGAUGGGCACCAACACAGGCUGGUAGACUGGUUCUUUUAUUAUUAACUAGUUGAAAUGUGUGCCAGUCAGACCAAAGUGUUCCUAUGUUUGUGUUUUGUAAUUUGGUUGGUUGAGUAACAAAACCAAAAAGAAGAAAAUGUCUCAACUUUGUAUAAUUAUUUUAAACCAUAUAUUGAUUUCUAACACUGGUAAUUUUACUUUGUGUUAGUUAUCAUCUUAUACUUACUAGCAGGCAUCGUUGGAGAAAGGUGACCUGCUUUUAACUGCAUAGACUUGCAUAUUUAGUCAUAGUAAUUUUGCUUCAAUGCAAUAGCAGCAUCUAAUAGCUAAUACAAAAUUUUAGUUCUGUUCCUGUAAUGCCUAUAUUUUAUUUUGUUAUCAAACUCUAAUUAUAUGUUUUAAGCCACUACCGAUUUAAAAAUAGGCAAGGGAAGAGGCUAAUUGACUUGAUACGGCACUAAGUUAAACUGAAAGGCACAUAGGGUACGUUUGGGAACGUGAAAGAUGAAAGGCAGGGUUAUCUGUAUCCUUUAUGCUGUUUGUAAAGUUAUUAAUGGCUGUUGCCACAAAGUAUUAAUUUGCUCAGUUACUUUUUUUAUCUAGUAAUUCACAUCAACAACUUAUCACAUAACAUACAUCCACACAUGCCUGUUGAGAGAAAGAAACUUGGCAAACUUUUAAAGAAAUCACAUCCUCCCACCCUUCUCGUGCUUUUUCUAUUAUAGUUUCUCAAGGACGCACCCAGUCAUAAUUGAGGCACCAGACUAUCUCGGGGCACACUGACAUUCACUUAUGCCAUGCAUGAUUUAAACCAGCAUGCCUUAGGUAUGUGGGUCAUAACCAGAAUACCUAGAGAAAACUCCAGAAGCCAAGGAGGGAAAGCAUAAACUGGGCAGGACACCUGCAGCUUUGAAGUAUGAAUUGCUUGUCCACUGUUCUUGAUUUUCAGUUUUUGUAACUCGUUACAUUGAGCUGCUGGUUUACUUAAAAGUGUAAAGUUUGUGUUCUUUUUGCCAUACAUUUAGCAUUAGAUAUUGUCACCUAAUUUUUGAUCUCUAUGUUUUAAUAUGUCCUCUUUUGAAUGCCUUCAGUAAAACUAUUGUUGAGCAGCUCAAACUAACAGCAUACCAAAACAAUCCAAAACAAAACAUGGGGCGCAUUGCCCUGGUUUUGUUAAAUUCCCUUGUUAAAAUAGAAAAGGCAAGUAAUUAAAAGAGAAUUAAUUAGCAGUCAUAGUUGUAAGAAUAGAUCCUGCUAUCAUCCAUUCUACAGUACUGUUUACUCUCAUGACAAACAUGCAGUUAUUUUUUAAUUUAGCAAAGCUGUGACUAGUGUGUGUACUUGUUUACAUUCAUUAAAAGGGAGAUGUUGUGAAAUUGCUCACCAUGGUGUUCCUGUUGUUGGACAGGCACACAACAUGCAACAGCUUCAUUCUUCUUAAAACUGUUUCUAUGCCCUGCAGGUCUUGCUGCACAUUUUGUUGCAAAUAGUUUGCUGCUCGGGAUGUUGGAAAUCUGUUGGUCACACUGUGUCUUGUGAGGAGCAGUUUUCCCUGUGUUUCAGGCUCCUUUUCAAUUUCUUUGUGAUUUAGACUUCUCAGGCCUGCCUUAUUUUUUUAUUUUCUCUGCUUCUGGACUAGUUUGACUCAGAGGGAUGGAAGUUCCUGUCAGACUAGGCAGUGAAUGUGAUUGAUGAAAUGUGUCCAUGUUCACCCAUCAUCCAAAGCAAAGAAAAU